CGCACUCUAAAAACAGUCGAGCCGAAGAUGGCGACGUGUGAGCGGCGGCGUCCGCGCGGUGUUUAGUCGGGAAAUAGUGAGUGAGGGUACCAUGUUGCCGCGGUCGCAGUAUCCGCAGUGUUUCCGUGAUCUGCGUUAGGCUCAGUGCAAAUGUAGGAAUGUCAGAAGCGAAACGGGUACCCCUGCAGACCCUGGAGUUCCCGGAGUCCCUGGGCCACGCGACGAAGAAGGAGAAAAAGGGGAAUGUGGGCAAGCAGCUCGCGCCCUCCUUCCGCUUCACGCUCACCCUGCCAGAGUCGAACGAGAAGACAUGCCCCGAAUUCAACUAUGCACAGCUCCUCAAAACGGCCGAGAAAAAACGAAGAAAAGACCAAAAAGGGGGAGAUGAGAAUGCAACGAAUGGAUUGGAUCCCUUCGAUGAUGAUGACGAUGAGGAUAAGCUUAGGGAUAUGGCAAAACGAUUCGAGGCAAAAUAUGGAACAUCUACUACGGGGAAAAAGAGGCACAAAUACGACGAUUACGUGGAUUUGGGUGCAGGAUAUGAUGAAAACGAUUCCUUCAUCGACAAUACUGACGCUUAUGAUGAAAUUGUACCCGAAGAGAUGACCACAGCGCACGGUGGUUUUUAUAUUAAUUGCGGAGCUCUUGAAUUCAGGGCGGCCGAUAGACAUGUGUUAGUUCAUAACAAUAAUAAUAAUAACAAUAGUGAUGAUGAUGAGAGCAGCGAAAGUAGUGAGGAGGACACCGAAGAUGUAGAUAGUCCUAAACAAGUAGAUAAACGAACUAUUAUUAGCUCGUCAGAUGACGAUGAGACGGAGGAUAUUACGGGUGAUAAUCCACGAAAAAGACGGAAAACUGAAGAGAGUGGCGAAAAGAAGAGUAAUCACGAGAAUAAGAAAAGGAAAAAGUCUCAAAACCAUCAGCCACAGGAUGCGCAACAAAAUUCUCAACAAGAUCUGGAUCUUUUAAGACGAAAGGAGAAGAAUGAGACGACAGAUGCUGAGGGUGGCACAGCCUCGGAAGAUCAAGAGGAAAAGAAAAAGUCCGAAAAACUGGAAAAGAGCAAAAUAAAUGAGAAAAAGUUUGACAUAAAAAAGUUCGAAAAGAAAUCGUCCAAUAGUAAUGGAUACGAUGCGAAAAAGAUAGAUCUGAAAAGAUUAGGUAACAAAGAGAGCAAUAUUGAUGAUGCGAUAGAGAGCGUCGUCAAUGCGGCUAGAGGAAUCGAAGAUGAUUCGAGUCGCGAUACAACAGAUUCAGGAAAAUCUCGCGUUUGCCUUUAUGUUGAAUCGGACGGGGAGGAAAUGGAGAAUAAAGAAGCGUCUUUGCCCGAAACUCUCCCUGAGGACAUAAAAGAGAUAGUGAAUAAAUUAAAGGUUCAAGCUGAGAACAGUAAAGACAGUAAAAACAAGUUUUUCAACAGCGCGGUCAACGAAAUACUUUUUAACUUAGAGAAGAAAUUGCGGAUGUUGAAUUUGGCGAGCAUAAGGUUACAAACCUAUAGUCAUCUAGUACGAUUUUUGCCUUGUAGCAAAAUUACUCUUCUCAGUAGAGCAAAGAAACUUUAUUUGAAAGACGCUGAAUACAGAGUGAAUGAACCAAUGCAUAAAUUAAAACAACUUAUUGAUAAUGUCAUGCCUUCAGUUAUGGACAAAUAUAUGAAGGAGUGUCAAAAAGUUGCUGAUGAAAAUCCUCAAUUAUACUGGGAGAUAUAUCGGUACUGUUGGGGCUUUGAGGGAUCGCCCGCAGGUGCGGAAAGUAGCGAUGAAGAAGAUGGUUCUUCUAAAAAUACGGAAAAGCCGAAAAUACCGCGAAAACGAUUUCCAUGGACUGACGAAGCCAAGAAACUUGUUCUUGAAAUUGCGAAUGCCAGGAGACAUUAUUUCAAGAUUCUGAGACCAAGAAAGGAGAGUAUGGAAUCAUUUGUCGCUACAUUCAUGGAUACAAGUGUCUUACCAUUGUGGCCACCCGGUUGCGUAAAGCUGCAGACUUUGUUAAAGUAUGCUAGUUCCGUUGAACCUGUUAUCAAGAAGAAAUUGAAGAAACCGAAAGAAGGGGCCAGUGCAAAUAAUAUUACUAGUUCUGGAAAUACUCAAGUUUGCAACUCUAUUACAAGGAACGAUGCAAUAAACGCAAACAAUGUUGUAUCCCACGAAAAUGAAAGGACAAAUACGAACGUAUCGAAAACACAGAUCAUUGGUGGCGGAAAUUUGACGAACUUUGCAAAUGAAACGAAAUCCAACGACGUCAAUACCGAUAGAAAGCAACAUAGUAAUAAACAUAAAGACAAACACGUGGAGAAUAAUGCAGGCCAACAACAAGAAAGUGCUACAGUUACCGUCAACAAUUCCACAGUUGGUAAAAUUUCGGUUGUACCUACGGCUCAACUAAUGGCUCAGAAGCCAACUAAGAGCCACGUUGAAAAAUUCAAUUUUAUGGACCUAACAAACAGCUCUCUGUCUAUAACACCGGUUAACGAGUAUCACAAGACAUCGGCAAAACCAACCGAAGCAAAGAAGGAUGUGGUUUCUAUUACAGCGUGCCCGGAACCUGCUGUCAGUCACUCCAAGACGAACGAAAUUUCCCAAGCUGGCCAUCAUUCCGUGUACAGACAAGAUGCUUCCUAUUCGUCAGCGCAAGCUUUGAAACAUAGGUUUUUGCAAGAAAAUCCUGACGCUAAAUGUGAUAAAAGAUUGGACGAGAAAGAUGUCGAUGUGAUGGUCAAUAAGACUGAUAAGAAGGAGAAGAGAAGGGAGCGUUGCUUAGAGGUGAAGCAUCACAAAUCAUCGCACGACGCGAAGAAAAGGAAGAAGGAUCAAAAGAUAAUUGAGCAACAAAUAGGGCCUAUUACUCAAGACGUAGUGUCUAUGCCGCAGCAAAAUAUUCUUUCGAAAGAGGAGCAGGAACAAAGGCAAAACGAGGAAACGAUCGCCGCGACUAAUUUCUUGAGCCAGAUCAUUAACGAUGAUUCCUCGCCGCGAGGGUUAACGGAUAAACGGAAAGACGGAUUCAUCACGGACGACGCUCUUGGAAACAUGGUGCAACCGACGGAACAAGAGAAAGACGUCCAGAUGGUAAUGAGAUCAUUGAAGGAAUUGCAGGAGUUACAAGAGAUGAAAUACUCCCCAAAUAACUCGCCGGUCGGUGGUGCCAUUCAAAAACCUGGUAAAUCGAACACGCAGUAUGUUACUUAUCAAGAUGAAUAUCAACGAUUGUAUCUCAACAAGGAGGACAAGCUGAGAUCCAAGGAAGAAACGCAAUGGUAGAAACUACAUGCAUUAUCGCGCGAAACUCAAUUCUUUUGUGGACAAUAGCGAUGGUCGGUUGUUAAUUUGAAGAUAACAGGCGGGGUAUUUAUAUAAUUUUCGGUAUUUAUAUAAUUACGCUUCUCUUUUCGUACGUACGAACGAACGAACGAUCAAGUGAGGAUUAGCCGCGAAACUUCUUCCACUCUUAUGACGUCACUAUCGACGGAAUACAAUCUAUGCAGCUAUUGAGUAUAGGUCUGUAGUGAUCAUAUUAUGCGUGUCGCGGGAUUUUUAAGUAUUUUCAUGCAAAAGCCGCCAAAUUAUGUACAUACAUUAUAAAUUCAUUAGCGAUAGUUUCGGUUGUACAUGUACAGAAUAAGUAUAAAUUAUAAAACUCUAGAGUAAAAGGUGCGUAUAUAAUGAACGAUUAAAUAACGAACGAACAACGAGUGCGAAAUCAAAUUAAUUUAAAAAUUUAUUUAAAAUAUUUUAAAAUUUAUUUAAAAUAUUAUGUAAGCAAAGCGGACUGAAAGCAAAUCAAACGCUAACGAAUGUCACGUCUACAUUUGCUUAUAAAAUGUACAUCUUUAGAGCUUUAUUAGCGAAAGCUCGCAGUUGUUGUCUGUUCUUCAUUCGUUUAAUGUAUACACAUCUUGAUAGAUGUUUGUAAAUAAGUGAGCAGCGUCCAAUCGUCUCCGUGAAUUGGGUGGUCUAUGAAAGUUAUAUUUUUUUUCACUUAUUCGACAUCGUGCUUUAUUUUAUUGUGAUUACAUAUUUAGAAAUUGCUAUCUAAUAUUCUCGAUUGCACCGAUUGACACAUUUUGUUUUAACGAUAAUUGUAUAAGCUUCAAGCUUCUUUUUUUUAUAAAUACUGCCACAACAUGGGAGGGGCGAGUCAUUGGUAAAGCAUUAUAUUUUUUAUGCUUUUGACCACCCUGUGUCAUAGAACAAGAAAAAAAAAGAUUAUGUAAUUGUUCCUUUUUUGUCUCAACCAUCAUUAUUGUCAUAAUUAUAUACGUGAAAAAGAAUGAUCAGUUUUGAGUAUACGUUCUGAUAAUUUAAUUAAAUUACAUUAUUGCUUUCUAAAUGAUUUACUAUGAAUAGGAAACGGAUUGUGGCGAUCGCACGAAAUGAAUCAGAAUGUAAAACUUGUUAUUGCAAGAACAAAAGGUUACAAUGAGGUACUUCCACUAUAUAUUAUUUUUGUGCUAGAUUUUUGUAACAUCACAAUAAAAUGUAUGUAUCUUCAACGCUUUAGAGUGUUGAAGGAGGGAGUGCGAUUAUCACUAGAUUAGCUCAAGAAGGUACAUGCGAGCAUUCGUUGCUUUCUCGACUUGCAUAUUUGUGUGGCUUUGUAUGUGGCUUGUGACUGAGUGAUAGAAAUAUAAUAGAUACCAUGGGAGAGAGAAAAAGUGCGAAAGGGAGAGAGAAUGCGUGGAGAGAAACGCUUGGAGAGAGAAUGAGAGAGAACUAGAAUAUUUUUGGAACACAUAAAGAUGACGACUAGAGUACUGUAUUAUAUACCAUAUACCUUUACCCUCCACCCCUCCCAUUUUACCCUUAUGAUACUUAGAAUACGGUUAAACGUCUUGUACAAUUCUGCAUUGAGAAUUUUCACUAAGACGACUUAAAAUAUAAGUUUUGAAUAUUUUUUA